CGCUCAUAAAGCAGUAUUCAAAAUGGAAACGGUUUUGGGUAUUAAGGGAACUGAUUACGUCAUACUGGCCUCAGAUACCAUGAAAGCCAAGUCUGUGAUGUGGCUGGAUGAUGACAAAUCGAAGAUAUACCGCUUGACGGAUUACUCUAUUAUGUCGGCCGUAGGCGAUGGCGGAGAUUGUCUGCAGUUCUCUGACUUUAUCGCCCGGAAUUUGGACCUCUAUAAGGUGACCAACGGCUACGACUUAACCUUCCGUGGAACUGUGCACUUCAUAAGAAACAAUUUGAGCGCCUAUCUCAGGAGCAACGCCCGAUACCAGGUUUCCCUCUUGGUCGCCGGAUUUGAUCCCUGUAACGGUCCAGAGUUGUUCUACAUCGAUCAGUUGGGCAACACGGUUCCUACUCGCUUUGGUGGCCAUGGAACUGGCAUUAACUUUUGUACUGCCAUAUUGGAGGAGUUCUACAAGCCCCAGAUGGAUAAAAUGGCUGCCUACAAUUUGAUUCAAAAAUGUGUUCUCGAGAUUCAAAAGAGAAUCGUUAUCAACUUGCGCAACUUUGAUGUGUUCAUGAUAAGCAAGGAGGGCAUUACCAAGCUAAGUCCUAUCAACCAGCAGUCCUUGAGGGCUCGAAUGAUGGGUAGUCACCCUCCUGUGAAGGGUUAAGGCUGGAAAUAUUAUUCGGAUGUCUAUAUAUUUUUUAGUUUUUCAUUUAUUUGUUAAAUAAUUAAUGACUCUUAAAGAUUUUGCUUUAGAUAUUGAAAAUAAUAUGUGAA